CCGUCAUCACCCCAGGUCCUUCUGUCUGCCGCCGCCGCCGUCAGAAGUCCUCGCCGAAUGAUGUUGCGCUAGCUUCUUACGAUGACCCUGAACUCCCCCCUAAAUCAUUCGUGGGCUUCUGUGCAUCUUCCUUGCCGAACGCUGACUGCCGUGUGAGCUUCCAGCAGCUCCAUCCAGCUCCCGCUCCCGCCCGAGUCGGCGGCCGUCAGCUUUAUACUCAACCACGACGCAGGAGGACACCUGCUCAUCCGUCCCAGGCCACCGCGGCAAGCCUCUUUUUCUCCACUGGCGCCAUGAUGCAGUGGACGUCAUUCGUUCAGAAAGCCCAGUCCUUCAUCGACCCGGCUAACUUCAGUCUUCCAACCCUCUCUUCCUCCGAUCGCAACCCGUCCAAGGCCUCCUUGUUUCGCCAGCAGUUCCGUCUUCCCGAUUCCCAAAACCCGCUGCAAGAGAUUACGGCAGAGCUAAUCCUACCCAUACCGCAUACACCGUCGUCUACAUCCCUCGGCGAACCCGCCCGCAAUCCUGUUGAUCGCGCCGGGAACCGCUACGCUGGCAGGCUCCAUCUGAGCGAACGGUUCCUCUGCUUCUCGACACAGCCUACAAGUUUCACACCGUCCACUAGCCUUGGUGCAUCGACGCAUUGGGCUGGCCAGACCAACGGCACAGGCCCGUCUGGAAAUGGGUUUACCAUCCCGCUGUGCUGCAUCCGGAGGGUGGAGCGACUCAACAGUCUCAGCCAUGUUUUCUCCCUCGCAUUAACAACCUGGAACGGCGCACUGGGCAAGCAACAAAAUUCUGACUUUGCUCCACAACGGUUCACUAUCCAGCUGGCUGGAAGCAGGCAGGCCUGCGAACGUUUUUGCGACGGCUUGAAGAAGGGGCUGCGGGAAUGCAUGAAAGAAAUCGAGAACCUGCGGCUAGUCGUAAAUAAUUGCUAUUCGGAAUACUUGCUCUCCGGAACCAAAGCUAAAGCCCAGAAUGGAGAGGCUCCUGAAGCGCGUCAGCCACCCGAUGCCGGGCUGGGGAUGAUGUUUCGUUAUCCCGGUGAUGCUCGCAAACUUCGGGACCGUAGUAAGAUGAGGUUGUGGGGGGAGUACUUCAGAGAGAAUGGCCGCAACGCGACGCUCAUCCGUCAACCUACCUUCCAUAAACUAAUCCGAGUCGGUCUCCCGAACCGCCUGCGGGGCGAGAUAUGGGAGGUAACAUCGGGCUCGCUUUACCUUCAUCUGAGAUCUCCAAAUCUUUAUACGGAGACGCUAUCGAAGUUCUCCGGGCAAGAGUCCCUGGCGAUCGACGAGAUUGAGAAAGACCUGAACCGCAGCUUGCCCGAGUAUGCCGGAUUUCAGAGUGAAGAAGGCAUUGGUCGCCUUCGAAGGGUCCUUACAGCCUACAGUUGGACCAACGCAGAGAUUGGGUACUGCCAAGCUAUGAAUAUUGUUGUUGCAGCGCUGUUGAUUUACAUGUCCGAGGCACAAGCCUUCUUUUUAUUGUCUGUCCUUUGCGAUCGUCUUCUGCCGGGCUACUACUCUACAACAAUGUACGGCACAUUGCUCGAUCAAAAGGUGUUUGAAUCCCUCGUUGAGAAAACCAUGCCGGUGCUUUGGGACCAUCUUACGAAAUCUGAUGUGCAGCUAUCCGUUGUUUCUCUCCCAUGGUUCCUCUCGCUCUAUAUCAACUCAAUGCCGCUAGUUUUUGCUUUUCGUGUAUUGGACGUGUUCUUCCUCGAGGGGCCUAAGGUUCUUUUCCAGGUUGGCUUAGCCAUCCUCAGGAUCAACGGCGAGGAGCUUUUGGAUAUACAGGAUGACGGCUCUUUCAUCUCCGUCCUGAAGGCGUACUUUUCUCGCCUCGAUGAGUCAGCCCACCCACGAUCUGAGAACCCGAAACUGAGGGCUAUCACUCGGUUUCAGGAGCUCAUGGUUGUCGCCUUUAAAGAAUUCUCACAAAUCACCCACCAGACCAUCACGGAACAGCGUGAGAAACACAAGGACGCUGUUUUGCAGAACAUUGAAAGUUUCGCCAAACGCACAUCCAUCCGGAACCUCGGGCCAGAUAGUAAAAAGCUCAGCAUGGAUGAUUUAGGUGUAAUCUACGACCGCUACUACGAGGUUCUUUAUGACCGCCAGCAGAGACAGAAGGUCGAAGAAGAGGAGAGAAGGCGACAGGAAAAGAAGAGAGUGGAAAGAACAUCCAUCCUUGGGCCUCCUGUGGAUAGAGAAAUUGGUCGUGUUGGUCUCGGUCCUAGUCCUACCCACAUGGAUUACGACGCUUUCCGGGACUUCCUCGCAGCAACAGCAAAAUGGGCCGUUGCGGAUUCACGCGGAUCAUCACGCAAGGAGUCUACAUCUGAGCAGGGCUUCAACAGUUUCAGAGGAUGGGGCAAAUCCUCCGCGUUGUGGAAUAAUAAGCCUGAACCAGCAGAUCAUGAAUUCACACGCCGACUGUUCCGCAAGUGGGCUACGGAUCCAAAUGAAGGACUGAGCUUGCAGAACGUCGUCAACGGCCUUGCACGACUGAAAGGGCCGCGUGACAUAAUGAACAAUAUCAAUUACUUUUUCGAUCUCUACGAUGACGAAGGGACUGGCCAGGUGGAUCGAGAAGGUAUUCUUCGCAUGUCGGAGGCUCUUCUUUUCCUUUCUCGACGGGGCUUUGAAGGGGCUAUCACUCCCACGCAGUCUGUGGAGGACGUCCGGGCAAAUGAACAGGAUCAGGAUAAGCUCAGUACCGACGAAAGAUUCCUGGGGAGCGUCAGCUCUUUUAUUCGCCGUUGCUUUGAGUAUGCCGAUCCCAGCCAUCCGGACAGAGCAGCCGAAGGACAGAAAGAUGAGGAUGCGGCAGAAACAGCCGAUAAACUCGGGUCUUUUAGCAUUGGGGACGACGAGGAGGACCUCAUCGAUAUCGAUGAUGAUGCGAAAUCAAUCGAGUCCGCUGGAACAAUAAAUCCCGCGAAGCAGGUGACUGAAGACAAGCCCAAUACGCACCACAACCGAUCUGUUUCCGAAUCUGCAAACCCUGCACUCGAUCCCAACAAUCCUCUACACAUCACUCUUCCCACCUUCCGCAUGGUGAUCCUAGCUGACGAACUGCUGGAGCAAUUCUUCGAUUCAUUCUUCCCACAAUCGUUCCGCCUUUCAGAUCAUGGAUUGGAGGCCUUGGCUUCCUCGUCUCUCUCAUCGAACCUAACUACAUUCUCCAACAUCGGUGCUGCCAAACCCCAACCUAGCCCAGCAUCUGGUGCCUCGGUAGCGGGAGCGUCCGGCGGCAUCGUUCCUCCGGGCAAGGGUCUCCGCGGGGUGCUGGACAACAUCGUAUCCGAUGGCAUCCGCAUGGCUGCAGAAGUCAAGAAGAGAAUGGACGAAGCACAGCGUGAAUUGGAGCGCAGCGCCCUCAACCGAGACGACGAAGAAGAGGAAGAAGACGAAGAGUACGAUCCUCGCAGCGGCGUUGCCACGACAUCCGCCAUGGUCGGUGGCAUCUCGAGCUGGGGUGCAGGUGCCUACGGCGCCGAUCCCGAACGCCGUAGCGUCAGAGACGCAGAUCGCGAUCUACUCGAAGGAGCCGAAGUCAUCAGCAUGCGCGGCAAAGAUGACGCAUCACUUCUUGACGACAAAGACGACCACAAGCAAGACCGAGGAACCCAUGAUCCAAGCCAUGACGAUCCCAACCUCGUCAGCAAGGUUGAAUUCGAGUCAUGAAGCCCACUCCACCUUCCUCGUCCUUCUUUUCCCCCCACCUAUUUCCAUCUAUCUCAUUCUAGAUUUCCUCGCCUACAUUGUCUGCCUCAUGAUUCACACUUCCUACACCCAUCACCGCCAUACAACUGUCUCUCUACUAUUAGACGAAUGCUGUCCUCCGUUUCUGGAAGAUUAAUUGUAUGUAUGCAUGCAUGUAUCCUGUUUCAUCAGCCUAAAUCAGACAAUACUAUAAACUUUGAUCUCCU